UAAUUUCUAUAACCAGAAGAGAGAGAGAGAGAGUUGAUGAAUUUGAUUCCUCUGACCAAUUCCGCCGCCGAUCAUUACUACCAACAGCCGCCGCUUCGUCGCCGGCGGUGGACCUGACUUUUAUUCAUCUGAAUCCCUUACAUAUACUUGAUACGACGACGAGCAUAUAGAGAGAGAAAACAGAGAAUCAAUGGCGGCAUCGAGAGGUGGAGGAGGGAAGGAGGCGGCGCUGAAAUUGAGAGGAGCUGCGGAGCAAGCGAUUUCAUCGAUCGGCUUGGGAUACGAUUUAGCUAUGGAUUUCCGGUUAAAGUAUUGCAAGAGGCGGUCAGGUGUUGCUGAUUCUCGUCUUAUCGCCAUCGAUGAUGAUAAGGUUAGAGAUAUCGUCAUUCCCGGCGGAAUUUUAGUACCUAAUGUUCCUAAAUCUAUCAAUUGCGAUAAAGGAGAAAGGAUGCGAUUUAGCUCCGAUGUUCUUUCUUUUCAACAGAUGUCUGAACAAUUUAAUCAAGAACUAUCUCUUAGUGGUAAAAUACCUACUGGCCAUUUCAAUGCUGCAUUUGAAUUCAGUGGAAGCUGGCAGAAGGAUGCUUCCAUCACUAAAACCCUAUCAUUUGAUGGUGUUUACAUUACUCUCUUUAGUAUUGCACUUGAAAAAUCUCAAUUAGCUCUUAAGAAUCACGUUAAACAAGCUGUUCCAACUUCGUGGGAUCCUGCAGCCUUGACGCGGUUUAUUGAGAAAUUUGGUACACAUAUUGUUGCUGGUGUGAAGAUGGGUGGGAAGGAUGUUCUGUAUGGGAAGCAACAAUACUCAUCUUCUCUGCAACCGUCUGAUAUACAAAAGAAACUAAAAGAUGUUGCAGAUAAAAGGUUUACGGGUGCAAGCGAACAAUUCAAUGGCAACUCAAGUCAGGAUUUCACACUCUUGUGGAAGAGGAGAGGUGGAAACAAUCAAAAGAAUAUAUCUCAUGAUAAUUGGUGUCAAUCUGUUCAACUUGAUCCUGAUGUAAUUUCAAUGUCUCUUAUUCCUAUCUCAUCGUUGUUGAGUGGAAUUGACGGGAAUGGAUUCUUAAGCCACGCCAUUAAUCUGUAUCUUCGAUAUAAACCACCUAUUGAAGAACUUUACCAAUUCUUGGAGUUUCAACUUCCUAGGCAAUGGGCACCUGUAUUUGGUGACCUUGCGGUUGGUCCUGAUAAGAUUCCACAGGGCACUGCUUCUUUACAAUUUAGCUUGUUGGGACCCAGGCUCCAUAUUAAUACAAAUCUGGUAAAUGUUAAUAAGAGGCCGGUUACUGGGAUUAGAUUGUAUCUAGAAGGAAAAAGAAAUAACUGUUUAGCCAUCCAUUUGCAACACCUUUCUUCAUUGCCUAAAAGCUUCCAACUUCAGGAAGAACCAAAGGUCAACUAUAGUUACGAUCAUCGUUAUUACGAAAAAUUGCAAUGGAAAAGCUUCUCUCAUAUAUGCACUGCCCCUGUAGAAUCCGACGACGAUCUCUCUAUAGUCACGGGUGCACAGUUGGAAGUUAAGUAUUCAGGAUUGAAGAAAGUUCUUGUAUUGCGUCUUGAAUUUUCAAAAGUGAUUGGUGCUGUAGUGACCAAGGCACCUGAAUGGGAUGGUUCUCCAGCCUUGGUUCAGAAAUCUGGAAUCAUCUCGACUCUUAUUAGCACUAGACUUUCGACAGUUGCUCAAAAGCAGCAGCCGCCUCAGCCAGCGGAGGUGAAUAUAAACUCUGCCAUUUAUCCUGGUGGACCGCCUGUUCCAACACAGACACCGAAAAUGAUGAGAUUUGUUGACACGACUGAGAUGACCCGAGGUCCUCAAGAUAUGCCCGGUUAUUGGGUUUUGUCGGGGGCUAAGCUUACGGUUGAGAAAGGUAAGGUUUCUGUUCGAGUUAAGUAUUCUCUUUUGGCUGUGGUUUUGCCUGAAGAAGAGGAAUCAAUUUGAUAUUUGUGUGUGUAGUUUUGGUUGUAUAUUUGGUUUGUUUAGUAGCUUUUUUGUAUAUGUUCAUUUAGUAUCACACGCCUGACUUUACUUGAGUCAGGAUUGUUAGUGAAGCCAUGUUUGAGUGUAAACGGUUCAGUUUCAUUCAAAUGGUUGCAGUCGGUUGUGGUUCGGUUUC